UGGGGUCAAGGGUCACGCAAGAUGGCGGCGCCCAGGAGCCGCUGAGGCGAGAAGCAGAGGAUGGCGCUGGCGGCGCUGGCGGCGGCCUCUCGGCCGGGGCGUUGGCUGCGUGGGCCGGGGCCGGGGCGAGGGCACUGGACGGCGGCCUGGCGCUCGCGGAGCCGGCGCGAGGCGGCGGAGGCUGAGGCGGACGCGCCCGUGUUCCAGUACGUGGGCGAGCGCGCGGCUCGUGUCGACCGCAUCUUCGUGUGGGGUUUCAGCUUCUCUGGGGCGCUGGGCGUGCCCACCUUCGUGCUGCCCAGCUCCGGACCCGAGCCCCGCGCCGGCUCGCGGCCGCGCCGCAGGAUCCAGCCCGUGCCCUACCGCCUGGAGCUGGAUCAAAAGAUUUCAUCAGCUGCUUGUGGCUAUGGAUUCACAUUGCUGUCCUCGAAAACCAAAGAUGUUACGAAAGUUUGGGGUAUGGGCCUCAACAAAGAUUCUCAGCUUGGAUUUCACAGGAGCCGGAAAGAUAAAACGAGGGGAUACGAGUAUGUUUUGGAGCCCUCACCAGUUCCACUGCCUCUGGACAGACCUCAGGAGACACGGGUGCUACAGGUCUCUUGUGGCAGAGCCCACUCCCUUGUCCUCACAGACAAUGAAGGAGUUUUCAGCAUGGGAAACAAUUCUUAUGGGCAAUGUGGAAGAAAAGUGGUGGAAAAUGAAAUUUACAGUGAAAGUCACAAGGUCCAUAGAAUGCAGGACUUCGAUGGACAAGUGGUCCAGGUCGCCUGUGGUCAGGACCAUAGUCUGUUCCUAACAGAUAAAGGAGAAGUCUAUUCUUGUGGAUGGGGUGCGGAUGGGCAAACAGGUCUGGGUCACUACAAUAUCACCAGUGUACCCACCAAGCUGGGUGGAGACCUUGCAGGAGUGAAUGUGGUCCAGGUUGCCACCUACGGUGAUUGUUGCCUGGCUGUGUCGGCUGAUGGAGACCUCUUUGGUUGGGGCAACUCUGAGUACCUGCAGCUGGCCUCUGUCACGGACUCCACACAGGUGAACGUCCCCCGGUGCUUACCCUUCUCAGGAGUGGGCAAGGUGAAGCAGGCUGCCUGUGGUGGCACUGGCUGUGCUGUGUUAAAUGGAGAAGGACAUGUUUUUGUCUGGGGCUAUGGAAUUCUUGGGAAAGGACCAAACCUAGUGGAAACUGCUCUUCCAGAAAUGGUUCCACCCACUCUCUUCGGCUUAACAGAGUUCAACCCCGAAGUCCAGGUUUCCCGCAUUCGAUGUGGACUCAGCCACUUUGCUGCCCUUACCAGUGACAAUGCCUGGGGAGCCCGUGGAUGUGGCCUGUGGUGUGGAUCACAUGGUGACUCUGGCCAAGUCAUUCAUCUGAAUUUUCCUGCUGACCAGGUGAGCCUGCCCUGGCCUCAGAACCACUUGAUUGCUCAGCAGAGGCAGCCAGCGGGGUUCUGAUGGGGCUCAGAGAGGACCAGAGCCCUCCAUGAAGUGUGACACUCUCUCCUAAAGCCCUUAGGAGGUGCAAACUGAAGUCCGGAGACGUGGUCCCUGCUCCGGUGAGACCUGCCAAUGCAGCACAUCACGGCUGCCUUUAUCGGGCUGGUGUGCAGGAAGAUGGGCCCAGGGCUGUGCGUCCCAGCAUGGAGAGGAUCAUUACAAUGUCUUGGCUCUUUCCUGGGAGCACAGGAUGGCCUCUGGUGUCACCUCUGGCCCAAGAAGCUGGUCUUAAGAAACCUUUGCUCAUGAUAUGCAUUUUGUCUGAUCUUGAAAGGAGCCUGACAGAGCGCAGUGCUCAGGAGGCUUCUGCAGCCCCUGGAGCUAAGCAGAGCUCGUGGUGAGCGUGUGUGUGGGCACGGGGCAGCCCAGCCUGACUGAGGGAGCCGGGCUGGCUUUGGCCUGGGGUUUUCAUUCAGGUCCCCCCCGCCCAAAGUGGACCCUGAAAGCCAGCUUGCUGGUGGGACACAUGCCGAAGUCCUUUGCUUGGAUUGGGGUUCUCCCUGAAAAUACAGUGGGCACCAGCUCGGCACCCCAUGGGCUCCUGGCUGUCAGCAGCCUCCUAACCAUUCUCACGGCCUGGCUGGGAGAAGUGGACAAGCCCCCGCGGGAAGAAGAUCGAGGCCUGAUUCUUGGGGCUGAGGGCUCUGAACAUCCCGCCAAAGCUUGGCUGCAGUGCCAGUCUUGGAGAAGAGCGUCAUUGUGGAAAACAAAACAUAAUGUAACUUGUCUUAUUCUUUAAAAAAAUAUUUUAAAAAGCUCUUUUGGAAUAAAGUCUAUUUUCUGCAUUUUUAUUCUUAA